CCGAGAGCGGGACCACAGAGGGGAGCCAGCGGCGAAACAUGUCCGUGUCGACCCAGGCGGCGUUCGAAUCCGGUCAUACCGACCAGAUCCAUGACUGUCAGUACGACUACUACGGCAGGAGGGUCGCGACUUGCUCGUCCGACCGCACCAUCAAGGUGUUCGAUGUCGCCGGCGAGCAGCAGACGUUGCUCGCGAACCUGACCGGGCACGACGGGCCGGUCUGGAUGUGCGCUUGGGCCCACCCCAAGUUCGGCACGCUCCUGGCGUCUUGUUCGUUCGAUCACAAGGUUAUAAUUUGGAAGGAGUCUGAGCAGGGCGUGUUCUCGGCCAUCUACACCUCCCCCGCGACCCUCCACGACGCGUCCGUCAACGCCAUCUCGUGGGCUCCGCACGAGUUCGGCCUGUCCCUCGCGUGCGCGUCUUCCGACGGUUGCGUCUCCGUCAUCACCCACCGCGCCGACGGGACCUGGGACGCGCAAAAGAUUCAGGGCGCGCACUCGAUCGGCUGCACCUCGGUGUCGUGGGCACCCGCGCCUCCUCCCGGCUCCUUGGUCGCCGCCGGAGGCGCCUCCGCCGCGCCGGUGAAGCGCCUGGUCACCGGUGGGUGCGAUAACCUCGCAAAGAUCUGGAGGUUCGACCCGAGCGCGGGCUGGAAGGAGGAGCAUCAGCUCCGGGCUCACGGCGACUGGGUCAGGGACGUGUGCUGGAGCGUGAACAUGGGUCUGCCGAUGAACACCAUCGCCAGCUGCGGGCAGGAUAACAAGGUUUUCAUCUGGACGCAGAACGAGCCCGGCGGCGAGUGGAACAAGACGUUGCUGAACGACUUCGGCGCGCCGGUGUGGAGGCUAAGCUGGAGCGUGAUGGGAAACGUCCUCGCCGUGUCGGAUGCGAACAACAUGGUGACGGUGUGGAAGGAGUCCGUGGACGGCCGAUGGAACCAAAUUUCCGCCACGGAGUAAGGUUAUAUACCGUAGAAAGAGCGUUGUGCAUGACAUCUCCAGUGACGACUUC